UGACAGUUUUAGUUGUUUUUAUACACAAAAAAAACAUCGUGCCGUGAGAAGGCUGAUGAAACUCUGUGCGGAAGUUACCUUUGAUACGGUGUUGUGAAUUCGAUUUAAAUUAUUUUCGGUGAUAUUAUUGAAUUCUGAUUUUUUUCCAUUGCCAUAAGAAACCUAAUCAAAAACCCCAAAAUGUCUGCAGACGAAGUAAGUCAUCAGAUAUUCGCUAUCAUCCAAGGUUUGCCUUCGGGUGCCACCAAUGAUGAUCUUAGAAAAAGUAUUCCCGAUGUUACACCUGCACUACAAGUGGAAGGUCUUAAUAAGCUUCUACAACAAGGAGUAAUUGAGGUUCUUAAGAAAGGAGAGAAACUUAUUUAUCGUGCGAAAGACCCUAAGAAAAGUACACUUCCAAAAGAAGCAGACACUGAAGAAAAGGUCGUGUAUGGUAUAAUUGAAGAAGGUGGAAACAAAGGAAUCUGGAUUCGAGACAUAAGAAUGAUCUCAAAUCUGAAUAUGACUCAAUUGAAUAAGAUUCUGAAGAAUCUUGAGACGAAAAAACUUAUUAAAGCUGUCAAAUCCGUUAAUGCAAGUAAAAAAAAAGUUUACAUGCUUUACAAUUUAGAACCUGAUCGAUCUAUAACUGGCGGUGCAUGGUAUCAAGAUCAAGAUUUUGAAGCUGAAUUCGUUGAUGUCUUGAAUCAACAAUGUUUACGAUUUCUACAAAUGAAAAGAGAAACAGCUGAAAGCAAACGAGAUGGCCCAUUGGCACUGAAACAAAUGUCAUGUUGUUCAGUCAAAGAAGUACAUAAGUUUAUAUCAGAUUUGGGAAUCAGUAAAGUUAGCUUAGAUGAAGAUGAUUUGGAAACUAUUCUCAAAACAGUUGUCUAUGAUGGCAAUGCAGAGCGUAUAUUAAUGUCCAAUGAUUCGUAUGUUUAUCGAGCUAUUAACUCGCCACUUGCUCCACCUGGUUUGGUCCAAAUGCCUUGUGGCAUUUGUCCGGUUAUUAAGAAUUGCUCGAAUUGUGGAGAAGUUACACCUAAUCUUUGCCAAUACAUGACUGAAUGGUUAGAUUAGAAUGUUAACAGAAUAAAAUUAAAUUAUAAAGUUGGAA